AUGCCCUUUCUCUCCUUUUCCAUAGACGCCGUGUUUUCGCCAGCUUUCAUCAAGUCGUCAUUCAGAAAGGCGGGUCUUAUCCCAUUUAACCCGGACAUGAUAGACAAGAGCAUGCUGGUACCAGAGGAUUUUCAGAAGAAGAAAGUUCCAAGUGCUUUGACCAAUCCUGGCCCUUCGAUAUGCAACCCCUCCACAGAAGAUUCAGUACAGGAAGCAACAUCACAGACAGCAAUUAGUAUCCAGUCAAACGUAUGCAAGGAGUGUGGUGCUUCCAAAGCUCCACAUCCCCUUAUUUCCGUCCAAAAGCUACCAAAGGAGCUGCAAAGUGUAUUUAUCGUUCCUUUAUCUAGCCAGCCACCAAAAAAGAAAAGAAAAGUAGUGACUGAAGCUCGGAUAAUCACUGGAGACAAAAUGCUAGAGCAGCUUGAAUUUAAGGAAAAGGAAGAAGACGAAAAAAGGGCAGGAAUUGAAAGAAGAAAAAAGGAAAGAGAAGAAAAAAGAAGACAACGAAGAAAAGAAACAGGGAAAGGGAAAAGCAAAGUCAAUGGCGAGAAGGAACGAAAAACAGUUCGACAAGAAAAGGGCAGAUACAGAUAG